AAAUGAAAUCUCUUACAGAAAAACUGCCUGGUAAGAGGAAAGCAGCAGCACAGAGGCCGGCCAGCCAAUCAGGAGCCAGUAGGCUAAGUGAGGCCCCAGCCAAUCGGCUGCAAGGAGGCUCCUCGCCCUCCCCUCCGUGAGAUGAGACAGACUCCCAUCCGUCAUCACUGAUGAAUGGAGCCGCACCAGGGACACAUCGUAAUCGGAGGCGACCCGCAAGCGGCCAUGAAAGGACGACAAAGAAACCCCCAGGAUGAAGACCACGCCGAGGACAUCCUACAGCUCCGUCCACACUCGCCUCCAUCCUCCUCCUCUUCAUCUCACUCCCCUCUAUCGGCCAUGCCAGCUUCGGCGUCCGCCCUCCUGGCUCUGGCCUCCCCAGCCACCCGUCGCUCCAUCUCCAUGGGCGACUUCCGGAGGGUGACGGGCGCCAUGCUCGCCGCUUCCGAGCCGACGUCUGCCUCGGCCACGGCGCCGUCCUCCAAACUGGUGACGCCGAGCUCCAGCAUGGAGUUCGAAGCGGCUCGCCGGCGCCUCCUGGAGGUGGAGGAGCGCCAGCGGGUCGUACGGGAGAUGGAGCGGCGAUUGGAGGAGCUCCGGGAGGUGUUUGUACGCUCCGAGCAGGAGGUGGUUCUGCAUGGGGAGCGGCUGGCCCGGAUGUCGAGCACAUCCCAGCAAAGCGAAAUCUACGUGGCCGAGGGCAGCCAGCGUCUGAAGAAGGGACUCAAGUUCAAGAAGCAUCGGCCCACCAUCGCGUUCUCCUCCAUGCUGGGACUCCGAACGUGCCUGCCUUGGCCUGUGAAGCUCAAGUAAGCGCGUAUGCUUGUUUGCUCUUGUAUCCUGAGGCUGGUCCUUCGGGUGUUUGGAGUGCCUGCACAAAGGAGCUCAGGAGUCAAUCAAUCCAAGUGAUGCUCUUCCUCGUUGUCAUGGAAACCUUGCUGCUUUCUUUUUCAACACUGACGCCAGAAUGGGAAGAGACUGCAUGGUGCUGCAUGGAUGAGUCACGUAUGAUGAGAUUCACAACGGCUGAGUGUACAGUGAACCCCUGGUUAUCUGUUUAUAUUCCAUGUGUUUUAUUUAUGUUCCAGAUCCACCCGAGAUAGGUGAAAAAACACAAUGAAGAGCAACCAUAUAAAAAUAACUUUCAGAUUAAAAUAAUUUCUCCCCUCCCACGCGCUUUAACAUAUUUAAACUCAUUAAAACGCACUUCUGAAAGUAUUACAACACAGUGUAAAUAAGAAUUAAACAUGAGCAGUACGAUGUUUUCGAUCUAACAUGCACACUUGUCUCACAUACAGGCUAAUAGAAUUUAGCAUAGAUAUUCCGGUAAUUAUACCGUAGCCCUUCAAACAGUCCAACUUUAUCACACAUGGAGCUACAUCACAUACAACAUCAAAACGAAUUCAGCAUUUUAUUUAACACUAAAAACCAGGGACCCCACGCAAUUCGCAGGAGACAGGAUCCAGGCCGGAACAUGAAUCACGAAAAUCAGUUUAUACUUAAUGCCCCUUGAAAUGUAUUGAAAUUUUUAAUUUAAGAAGUUGAUAAACCGCCAACCUGUCUCCCACGAAAAAUGGAGCUUGCACUCCCCAAAAUAAUAUUUUGGAAAAAUAUCAACAAACAGGUGAAUCCAAAGCAUAAAUAAUGUGUAACAAAUGUUACUAGCUUAAUGCUAAAGUACUAAACUAUCAUAAUUUGUGCGGUUUAAACACACAAGGUGCAGCAUGACCACACAACAAAGUAGCCGACAAUAUUACUCACACGCAUAUAAUAUAUUCUUUGCGCUUAGUAGGAGACCUUCUCUGCUUCUUCUUCUCUUGGACACUUGAUGACCAGGGCCCUAAUCAAUGACCCCCCUCCGACCCUCCUGACCUCCACCCCUUUGCACAGCCCUGACUGUGAUAUAACGGGGGUUCACUGUAUUGGAAAAACGCAAACUCGAGACAUCUUUAGAAUAGGACCUAGCAACAGAGACAAAAGAUGUGCCUUGACGUCUCUGUGAUUCAUCACUUUGGAGGAGGAGGAGAAGAUGCGACACGAGCAGGUGAUGACUCCACCUGUGGCCUCCAGUCUCCAUGACGACCACUGUUUGCUCUUCGCUUGUCUCCACACAGCUACACGGAAUGUAUCCGACCGGGCGGCAGGCAAGGGAUGCUUCGAUUGAAAACAAACACGCUUUGGAUGUCAAAGGCGACACAUGCGCAAUUUAGAUGACUGCAGACGCUACCGGAAUGUCCCCAUCGUACUUGUGUCAGCCAUUUCAAAAUCAUAAUUUGUUUCAUUUCAAACAUCAAGCGGAAAUUUUUAGCUUCAACUCGGCUGGGAGUGUUAGUGCAGUUUCACGUUUGUGAUUUGUGUGCUUCACUCAGAUGUAUCGACACUUAAAAGUCAGAACAUUAGUUACGCCAUCUCAUGAGAUCCAAUGCAACAGCUGUAUUGACACUCAUAUAUAUUUAUACAUACACGGUGUCCAUAAAAUGUAAUCAUUUCAGAAGCUGAACUGUGAAUACACUUUGCGGACACCCUGUAUUAUGAAAUGAAUACUCCAUUUUGAUCUCGCCAUUAACGUUGCAGGUGUACCUAAAGUUGUGGCCGGCGAGUGUGCACACGAAGCAGAGCGGAUGCGCCGGGGACGUCUAUUCCUGGCAUUCGAAGGUCAAUGCAGAGCAGGCUCUCAGCUCAGCUUUCAGGAGAAUUCUAGAUGCGGGCUGGGCAAGUGCAUAAGCGGGAAACUGGACGGUGUUAAGAGCAUCAAUACUUUAGUAGAGUCGUUCACUGCAAAGGGUUAUGUUAGAGGUGAA